AUGGCUCAGUUGUUAGUGUGGCUGUGUUUUUCCUCUCUGCUCCUGGUGAAUGAGGUCCACAGUGGGUCGGACUUGGCCUCGUCCGUGGAGGACCCAGACCCAGGGGUGGUGAAGGCCCUCUCUGAGAUGCUGGACCUGGAUGUGGGUAAAUCCUGGCGUCAGGUGCGAGGGGCCGAGGAGGAGGACCAGCAGUCUGCCUUCGGCCUGUCGCCUGAGAACGACUCUGUGACUGUCUCUGCUUCCAACCUGAGCGUCCUGAAUGAGUCCACCCCAGAACCGGGCUUCAGGAACCCCCUGCAGCCCCUGAGGGAGGGCUCGGUGCUGGGCUGGGCCGUGCUGGUGCUGGGGGGCCUGGUGCUGGUGCUGGGGGUUGGGGGAAACAUGGCCGUCAUGUGUGUGGUGUGGAAUAACUACUACAUGAGGUCCGGGUGGAACUGCCUGCUCGCCAGUGUCUGUCUCUGGGACUUCCUGGUUCUGAUCCUGUGCGUCCCGGUUAUUGUGCUGGGCCAGCUCUCGGACCGACGGAUCCUCCCGGACAUCACCUGUCGCCUGGUGCCGUACAUGGAGGUGGUGUCUCUGGGGUUGUCGUCCUUCACGCUCUGUGUUUUGGGAGUCGAUCGUUUCCAUGCAGCCACUUCGUCUCCUCCGGACUCUUCGAACAGAACCUGUGGCGCUGGUCGUGUGGAGCGCUGCAGGUCGGUUCUGUUGAAGCUGAUCUUUGUUUGGCUAACGGCUCUGACGUUAGCGUCCCCAGAGCUGUUCCUCUGGGAGUCCGGGCCCCUGGUGAUGGUCGGGGGCCGUUUGGUCGACACCUGCUCCCUCACAACAUCCUCUCCUCUGAUCCUGCUGCUGCCGGACUCUCUGCACUCACUGCUGCUCCGGUACCAUCAGGUCAGUACCACAGCGGGUCAGUACCAUCAGGUCAGUACCAUCAGGUCAGUACCAUCAGGUCAGUACCACAGCGGGUCAGUACCAUCAGGUCAGUACCAUCAGGUCAGUACCAUCAAGUCAGUACCAGAGCAGAUCAGUACCAUCAGGUCAGUACCACAGCGGGUCAGUACCACAGCGGGUCAGUACCAUCAGGUCAGUACCACAGCGGGUCAGUACCAGGGUCAGUACCAGAGCGGGUCAGUACCAGGGUCAGUACCAGAGCGGGUCAGUACUAGAGCGGGCCAGUACCAGAGCAGGUCAGUACCAGAAAGAGCGGGUCAGUACAAGAGUGGGUCAGUACCAGAAAGAGCCGGUCAGUACCAUCAGCUCAGUACCAGAGCGGGUCAGUACCAUCAGGUCAGUUCCAGAGCGGGUCAGUACCAGAGCGGUUCAGUACCAGAGCGGGUCAGUACCAGAGCUGGUCAGUACAAGAGCGGGUCAGUACCAGGAUCAGUACCAGAGCUGAUCAGUACUAGAGCGGGUCAGUACCAGAGCUGGUCAGUACUAGAGCGGGUCAGUACCAGAGCGGGUCAGUACCAGAAAGAGCGGGUCAGUACCACAGCCGGUCAGUACCAUCAGGUCAGUACCAGAAAGAGUGGGUCAGUACCAGAGCGGGUCAGUACCAGAAAGAGCAGGUCAGUACCAGAGUGGGUCAGUACUAGAGUGGGUCAGUACCAGAGCGGGCCUGUCUGUAAUGGUCCUCACCCUCUCACCCCUCUGUCCCAGGCCUGUGUCUGUAAUGGUCCUCACCCUCUCACCCCUCUGUCCCAGGCCUGUGUCUGUAAUGGUCCUCACCCUCUCACCCCUCUGUCCCAGGCCUGCCUGUCUGUAAUGGUCCUCACCCUCUCACCCCUCUGUCCCAGGCCUGUGUCUGUAAUGGUCCUCACCCUCUCACCCCUCUGUCCCAGGCCUGUGUCUGUUCUGGUCCUCACCCUCUCACCCCUCUGUCCCAGGCCUGUGUCUGUAAUGGUCCUCACCCUCUCACCCCCUCUGUCCCAGGCCUGUGUCUGUAAUGGUCCUCACCCUCUCACCCCUCUGUCCCAGGCCUGCCUGUCUGUAAUGGUCCUCACCCUCUCACCCCUCUGUCCCAGGCCUGUGUCUGUAAUGGUCCUCACCCUCUCACCCCUCUGUCCCAGGCCUGUGUCUGUAAUGGUCCUCACCCUCUCACCCCUCUGUCCCAGGCCUGUCUGUAAUGGUCCUCACCCUCUCACCCCUCUGUCCCAGGCCCGCCUGUCUGUAAUGGUCCUCACCCUCUCACCCCUCUGUCCCAGGCCUGUCUGUAAUGGUCCUCACCCUCUCACCCCUCUGUCCCAGGCCUGUGUCUGUAAUGGCCUGUCUGUAAUGGUCCUCACCCUCUCACCCCUCUGUCCCAGGCCUGUCUGUAAUGGUCCUCACCCUCUCACCCCUCUGUCCCAGGCCCGCCUGUCUGUAAUGGUCCUCACCCUCUCACCCCUCUGUCCCAGGCCUGUCUGUAAUGGUCCUCACCCUCUCACCCCUCUGUCCCAGGCCCGCCUGUCUGUAAUGGUCCGUAUCUAUAGUAAUGGUCCUCACCCUCUCAUCCCUCUGUCCCAGGCCCGUAUCUAUAGUAAUGGUCCUCACCCUCUCAUCCCUCUAUCCCAGGCCCGUAUCUAUAGUAAUGGUCCUCACCCUCUCAUCCCUCUAUCCCAGGCCCGUAUCUAUAGUAAUGGUCCUCACCCUCUCAUCCCUCUAUCCCAGGCCCGUAUCUAUAAUAAUGGUCCUCACCCUCUCACCCCUCUGUCCCAGGCCCGUAUGUGGUGGUGCUUCGGCUGCUACUUCCUGCUGCCGGUACUUUUCACCGUCCUGUGUCAGAUGGCGAGCCGUAACGUCACUCCGUCCAAUCAGAAGUCUCCGUUGCGACAUCACGACGACGACGCGGCCAACCAGCGCCGGGCCUUGGAGCGGCAAAGGAACGGCGCCCUCUUGUGUGUGUGUGUGGUCUACGCUCUGUGCACGGGGCCGGAGCACGUGGCCAACAUCACCAUGACGACCGCCCACAUCUCCGUCGCCCCGGAAACCGCCUCCAUGCUGGUCCUCCUGCAUCACUUCCUGCUGUUCGUGAAGGCGGCCGUGUCUCCUCUGCUGCUGCUCUGCCUCUGCAAGUCUCUAGGACAGGCGUUCAUGGAUUGUUGCUGCUGUUGCUGCGCCGAGUGUCAGUCCAUCUCGUCACAGGGAAGCCCCGCCCACAUCAAGCUCAAGUCCAACGAAACCUCCAUCUUCUUUGACAAAGGCAAGGACACGUCGGCCAUCUUGUCAAUCUCCAGCUGA